UGAUGACUCGGCGUGGCGGCAGAGGAGGGGAGACAGGAGCCGGAGGGGAAACGGUCGUUCUUGCUUGCUCUUUCCCACUUCCUCACACUCGACCCAGUUGCAGAAGCGACGCCCCGCAGCCAUUCAGGUGCGGCAGCAAGGUGGACGUCACGCUGGAGCACUCCUUUGUCACCAACACCGCCGCACGGAAGUCGACCACCUGAAACACCCACUCGCACUUCCAAUCACCUCAGACGCCGUUCCCAUACCCCUCUCGCCACGUCAGACAUGGUCAUAGUGGCACGCCCACAAUAAGCACAAAUCCGCGAGAGUCACACCCUGAAUCAUCUUGCAAACCUGCAAACUCCCACUUGCCCUGUGACGACGUGAAGUGCUCGGGGCCAGACUGGUGGCUCCGAGCGAGGAAUGGCUGUGAAUAAUGGAUGCCCUGAAUGCCAGCCACAGUCCGGACAAAUGUCGUCUCGGAGCAGCGGCGAGCAGGAGAGGAGCAGUACGGCGAAGGCGAGGGCGGUGAGCCCAGACAAUGGUACCGCGAAUCCGAACAUCUUCAAUCCAUAUUACACCGGACGACCACGGACACCGGCCAACGGGAGCAAGUCAAGCACGCUGGAUCGGCAGGAGCUGAUCAGGAGGAUCAAGAGCGGCUCUAGGCCAUCUUCGCCUGAGCUCGAACGACCCGCUUCGAGCGAGUACAGCAGGAUCAUUAGGAUAAAGAGCAGAGAAUCUCGUCCAACUUCGCCUGAGCCCGAGAGGCCGGUCUCGAAUGGAUUGGAGCGGAAGCGCAGGUCACCAGUGCCUUUCUCCUCACUGGCAAACGCUCAAGAUGUGCGGGCACAGUCUCCAGAAGCACAGCAGGACAAUUUGGCAUUGGGCUUGCAGAUCGAGAGACCGCGAUCUGCUCUUCACCGCGGCGACUUCAGGGAGCAAAGUCAACCAUCGGAGCAGUUCAGCGCUCAAACACCUAUCAAAGAAGAGUCACAUACUGUGCUCUCGACUUCGCCUAUUGUGCCAUGGCAUCCGGCGUUCCCAGCAACAUAUAGAACACUUCGCCGAGAGCAAGACGAAACUCGUGCUGAGCACGCCAUUCCGAUCCCUCGCCCCGAACGACACCGUACUGUCUCAAACGCUUCACUUGCUGCAAACUUCGUCUACAAGCCACCCACCAGCCCACUCGUGCAAUCAUCGCGGCCUGAUACGCCUGAGCCGCCGACUUCUGAAGACCUGCGGAGUCCGGAGAAAAGUCGUCGCCAUACCUUUUCGCCACGCUCGUUCAACCACUUCCAAUCGGCGCUUAACUAUCCGACUGUAGCCCGCGUUGCACCACCCUUGCGAUCAGAGAAAUCAUUUCCGUACCAAGCCCACCAGCCCAGUCGAUCCGUAAAUCCCACAUCGCCUUACGCCAGUCUACCACAUACCCCACGAGCAGGGCAGAGAAGGCCAUCUGUCUCUGAAUUACCACUUCUUCAUGCGCCCCUAGUUGGCUCAUACGAAGAGUCGAUACUCCGAGGUCGUAUGUCUACUACGCCAUCGAAGCCUCUAAAUUUCAUGGCGCAAAUCGGUGUGCUUGGAAGAGGAAAUUGCAAGUCAAAUUUGAGAUGUCCUCCUCACGUACAGAUACCUUUUCCCGCAGUAUUUUACAGCUAUGGUGCCGCAAGCAAGACGCCAGCGAUCGAUCAGCCCAGUCCUUAUGUCGGCCUCGUAGAUCUGGAAAAUGGUCUACCCAGUGCUGAACAGCCUAGAGACAGAAGACGAGAGAGGGUACAAGCCUCACAUAGUAAUAAUGGCAGUCGUGCUAGCUCGCCAAAUGGUUCUGGGCCCGACACAGCAACGCGCCGGAGGCGCACUAAGCAGAAGCGCCGUUCUGGUUCACCUAGAGCACCGCCAGGCGGCAGUUAUCGCAUACCCCAGCAAGGCCAGCUGCAGAUUGUGCUUAAGAAUCCCAACAAAACUGCUGUCAAGCUCUUCCUCGUGCCCUACGACCUCUCCGAUAUGGAACCAGGUCAAAAGACCUUCAUACGUCAGCGCAGUUACUCGGCUGGACCGAUCAUUGAUAUGCCGCUCACUUCGCGUGCCAACUACGGCACCGAUAGGCCAGAAGCUGCGCUGAGCCCGACUGGAGAUCCCAACGAUAAACCCAUGUUGCGAUAUUUGAUCCAUUUACAUAUCUGCUGCCCUUCGAAAGGAAGAUACUUUUUGUACAAAUCAGUUCGCGUUGUGUUUGCGAAUCGAGUGCCCGACGGCAAAGAGAAACUGCGAAACGAGAUACAGAUGCCAGAGCCCCGUUAUAGUGCGUACAAAUCUGGCAGGGAAUCGAAUGUUGGCAGCACGACUUGUACACCUGCGCAAGACAACGCGCGACGACGGAGCGCUCUCGAUCCUGCAAUGUCAGAGUCGAGAUGGCCACCUCCACCGUAUCUAGCACAAUCCAUGCCGAACACCGAACCGGUUGCACAGCAGCAAUACGAUGUGCCGACACCGACGCUACCGCGACAAUUCACCACAUUGCCCACUUUGCCGUCACGCCCUUCGAGUCGAAGCUUCAGCGAUAACAUGGAUCUGGAUUCUGGCUCACAAGGGACACGUUCACCUUUGUCACCAGCAUCCACACAGGGAGAUGAGAUGAGGCGAAGCAUUCCAAAGCUGGACGACCCUUUCACGUUCGAACGAGACCUUAGCCGGGAGAGAAGGAGUGGUAAUGGAAACAAUGAAAGCCUCAUAGCGAGGAGACUGAUGGAUCUUGCAUUUCAGAAACAGCGUGGGCUGUGAUCGUUGCAUCCUUCUACAUUAAGCAUAUUAGCGAGGCGUUGGAGGUGUCAACUAGACUGCGAUUUUCUUUCGACCUUUGUCGGGAUUCAGGACAUAGAACUGCACAGCAUCGGCAGAACGAUACUCUGCUCUACAUAUCCAACUCAAUGAACAACGACUCGACCCAGUAUUUCGGCAAACCCAUCGAUCGGUAAAGCAAGCAAUAUACAGUCGCUUAUCUGUCUCGGCCAGGAAGGAUGUCAGCGAUGUUGCACGAUCAGAUCCGGCUAAGCACUCUUUGGAAUGUCCAUGGUCAUGAUCGUCAUCGGGAAAAGCCACAAACUGCAGAUCUGCAUAAAAGCAUCGUAGCGUUGAAGCUUCGAAGCAGCCAAUUCCGCCCACGAAAACAACCGACCAUUCGAAAUA